AUGUCAAAUGUUUUGAUACUACAUAUAGGAGCAGGUAAUCAUUCUUUAUCAAGCAAUAAAAAAUACGCCCAAUUAAUUAAAAAAGCACUUAAACAAAAGUCCAUACUAGAAGUUAGUGAUAUUUUGGAAAAAAGUCCAUUAACAAAUACAGGAUAUGGAUCAAAUUUGAAUUUGCUUGGAGAAGUAGAAAUAGAUGCCAGUUUUAUGAAAAGUGAUGGUUCUGUGGGAUCAUUGACUGGAUUACAAAUCGAUUGUCCAACCAGAGAAAUGUUCCGAAUUUUUGAAAAAAUAAAUGAGCUUUAUUCAAAAAGUAGCAUUGGCAAAGAAUUAUUGAAACCAGUAACUUUGAAUGUUUCGAGGUUGAAAAAAUUUAUAAAUGUAAAUGAAUCAUUCAAUGUAAUUACGAAGGAGAACCAAAAAAUUUUUGAUUCCCAUAAAACUUCAAUUAACGAAUUCAAAAGUUUUAAUGUACAAGAUACAAUUGGAAUUAUUUCAUUGAAAGAAAAUGAAACUGUUAUAACUUCAUCGUCAGGUGGUAAUUUUUUUAAAUUACCAGGUAGAAUAGGUUGUGCUGGAAUUAUAGGAGCUUCAAUUGGGUUUAAAAGUUUGCCAACUUACGAAUUGGAAAUAAGUUGUAUAUGUUCCGGUAAUGGUGAACAAAUUCUUAAAUAUAAUUUAGCAUCUCAGUUAGUUAAUUCAAUUAUUGACAUGGAUGAAUCUAAUUACGUAGAAGAAUUACGGAAUUUCAUUUUUAAAUUAGAUCCCCAAUUUUAUUGUGGAUUUAUAAUUGUUAUCAAUUAUUCAGGUUCUAAAAUUCGGUUAUUAUAUGGUCAUACUACUGAAUCAUUUCAUUUUGGGUAUAAAGUCAAUUCAAAAUCUAGAGCUAUAUUAAGUUUUAAUGAAUCACCUGGAAAAUUUACAUUUGGUGAAUACGAACUACGAUUUGAUUAG